UACACGGUACGACCAGCAGAGGGCACCAAAUUAGCCACCAUGAUUUGUUCUUCGUCAGGACUAUUUAAAACAUAAUUGUUUUUUUCACGCACAUAGAAAGGUAACAUGGCUCUACAACUUGGCUCCUUCACUGUAUAUGCUGCCACAAAUCUGCUUCAUUACACCCCUUAUUGCAGAACAACGCGCUACAAUCACACACAGCAAGGCAACCCCAGCACAACUACAUAGCAGAGGCGUGUAGAAAGCGGCACAGGAGGUGACGUCAGCGAGGGAGAAGCGUCUGAUUGGUGGCUGAAGGUGCUCGAAAAAUAUACCUGGAAAUAAGCAGCAUGAGAGCCCAGAGGGAGUGAAGGGUCCAGCACGUCUGUACUGCCGGCUGCUGCUCAGAUUGGACCUUCUGGAAUAGAACAUAUAUAUUCUGCUAAGAUCCCUGUGAUGGAACCUCUCCAAAUAUUAAGUUUUCUCUUGUUUGUAUUGCUGACCUUGGGGGAAUGCUCAGACACCAACAAGCAGAAGAAAGAUACAGCUUUUGACAUCUAUAAGAAGCUUUUUGAGGUAAAGAGAAAGGAUCAGAUCAAUGCCCUCAAUAACUUGAUUGAACUAAAUGAUGUCAACCAACAGUACAAGAUUAUUGAUAUCAUGCUAAAAGGCCUUUUCAAGGAAUUGGAGGAACAGGUGGUUGUCCGGGUUCCGACCAAGGAAAUAGGCGGGGGCUUCUACUCCCACAUCUUUGUGGUCCGCAAGCCAUCGGGGAAGUUCAGGCUUAUCCUCAACCUGAAACCCUUAAAUGUCUCGGUCAGGUACAAGAGGUUUCGAAUGGAUUCCAUCUAUUCAGUAAAAGCUCUUCAUCCGCCAAAUUGCUUUAUGGCUUCGAUAGACUUAAAGGAUGCGUACCUACACAUCCCUAUAGCGGAAGAUCAUCAGAGGUUCCUGAGGUUAGCAAUAGACACCGGGGAAGAGGUACUGCACCUACAAUUCAGAGCCCUUCCUUUCGGCUUAUCAUCUUCCCCCCGCAUAUUCACCAAGGUGAUGGCGGAAGUUUUGGCCUUCCUGCGACUCAGGGGAAUCCUAAUAGUCGCAUAUCUGGACGACUUACUCUUGUUCGCUCCUUCCCCAGAGCAAUUCAGCCAGGGACAUUCUGGAAAGCUUAGGUUGGCUGGUAAAUAUAGAAAAAUCCAACCUAAUCCCGUCACAAAGGGCGUCCUUCCUGGGAUUUGUCUUGGAUUCGACAGAGCAAAGGGUCUUCCUUCCCACAGAAAAAAUUCAAAAGGUGGACAAGGCCAUGCUGUUUCUGCAGGACAGCGGCCAGAUCUCCAUAAGGAAGGCCAUGUCCGCCCUGGGUUUGCUGACCUCCACUCUUCCAGCAGUGCAGUGGGCGGGCCUUCAUUUCCGUCCUCUUCAACUUUUCAUCCUGAAGGUCUGGGACCACAGUCAGAAGUCAUUGGAUUCCCUAGUCUCUGUCCCAAGUCCGGUCAAACGGUCUCUCUGGUGGUGGAGAAGGGGAGCAAACUUGUCCCAGGGCCUGGAGUGGAUUCUACCAGUCUCCAGGACGGUCACAACCGAUGCCAGCAGCACAGGUUGGGGAGCACACUUGGGUCCCCGCUGGGUGCAAGGCACCUGGGAGAUAGCGGACGCAGUGAAGUCCUCCAAUUGGAGAGAAUUGAGGGCAGUUUCCCUGGCCCUUGUCUCAUUCCAGAAAGAACUUCGGGGGCACCAUGUACGAGUUCGCACAGACAACUCCUCGACAGUAGCCUACAUCAACAGGCAGGGGGGUACAAAGUCCUGCUCCCUUUGGCUGUUGGCGGAAUCCAUUCUCAAGUGGGCCGAGGUCAAUGUCCUGUCUGACGGCCUUGCAUCUGAAGGGAGAUCAAAAUCUUUUGGCGGACUUUCUCAGCAGAACAACACUGAGGGAGGGCGAUUGGUCCCUGAGUCAGGAAGUGUUCAAUCUGAUAGUCCAGAGGUGGGGGUUACCAUGCGUGGACCUAUUUGCCUCCAAGCAGAAUGCCAAAGUGGACCUCUUCUUUUCUCUAAGCAGGUACGAUGGAGCUUUAGGGAUAGAUGCACUAGCUCAGAGAUGGACAUUUUCCAAGUGUUAUGCUUUCCCCCCUCUGGUUCUGAUCCCUGCGGUAUUGAGGAAGUUUCAACAAGAGAACACAACCUUAAUUCUGAUUGCCCCGCAUUGGCCCAGGAGACCGUGGUUUUCAAUUCUAAAGAACUUGGCUGUAGAACCCCCCUGGCUUCUACCAGUUCGGGACAACCUUCUCACUCAAGGUCCAGUCUGCUGCCCUCAUGUGGACAGGUGGAACCUUGCGGCCUGGUUUCUGAGGAGGAACUGCUGAGGGGCAAAGGGUUUUCAAAUCGCCUGGUUGCAACUCUCCUAAAUUGUAAGAAAAAAGAAACGCAAACCAUCUACCGUAAGGUGUGGAGAUGCUUCAAUUCCUGGUGCUUAGAAAGCUCCUUUAACCACUUCAGAUCCGUAGGACGUCCUGGGACGUCCUGGACUUUGAGCGG